AUGGAGGAAACAUACCUGCUGAAUGUGGAAGGGGUCAGAAAGAAGAUCCUGCACGGAGGCCGAGGGGAGCUGCCGAAGUUCCAGGAUGGGAGCAAGAUCACUUUCCACUUCCAGACACUGAAGGACAACUUUGAGCGGACGGUGAUCGAUGACAGCCGGGAGGCCGGCAUGCCCAUGGAGAUCAUCGUGGGCAAGAUGUUCAAGAUUGAGAUCUGGGAGACACUGCUCUGCUCCAUGAGGACGGGGGAGGUUGCGGAGUUCUGGUGCGAUGCCAUCCACACAGGGAUGUACGCCCUGGUCUCCAAGGGCAUGCGGAGGAUCGCGGAGGGCCGGGACCCCCUGGAAGGGCAGAAGCACCGCUGCGGCAUGGGCAACAUGUUUGACUACCACAGCACGGGUUACAAUGACCUGGAUGAACUGCAGCGGACACCUCAGCCCCUCAUCUUCAUCAUGGAGCUGUUCCGGGUGGAGGAGCCCUCAGCCUACAAACGUGACACCUGGGCCAUGAGCAAGGAGGAGAAGCUGGCGGCUGUGCCUGUGCUGCACAGCGAGGGGAACCGCCUCGUCCUCCAAAAGGACUUCCAGCGCGCAGCCGAGAAGUACCAGGAGGCUGUCAUCUGCCUGAGGAACCUCCAGGCCAAGGAGAAGCCAUGGGAAGAAGGCUGGCUGAAGCUGGAGAGCCUGGUCACACCGCUGGUGCUCAACUACUGCCAGUGUCAAUUGGAGCUGGGAGAGUACUACGAGGUGCUGGAGCACACCACGGAGCUGCUCCAGAAACACAACGACAAUGCCAAGGCCUAUUUCAAGCGGGCGAAGGCGCACGCAGCCGUAUGGAACGAGCGAGAGGCGCGGGAGGAUUUCCUACGCGUGGCCCACCUCGACCCCGCCAUGGCGGCCGCCGUCAAGAAGGAGCUGAAGCUGCUGGGGGAGAGGAUGAGGAAGAAGCAUGUGGAGGAUCGGAAACGUUAUCAGGGGCUCUUCCAGCAGCCCCGGGGGGGGGAGGGCUGGCAUGGGUGGGAAGCAGCAGGAGGAGGUUGGGAGGAAAGGAAGGAGGCAGUAGAGGGGGAAGAAGAGGUGGGGAAUGUGGAGGAGGAGGAUGGGGUAGAAAAAGUGGAGGCAGUGGUGGAGAAACAAGAAGGGAAGAAAGAGACGGUGGAAGAGACAGUGGAGAAGGAAGAAGAGAAGGAGAAAGUAGAAGAGGAGAACUCAGCAGCAGAGAUGGAAAAGCUGGCUGAAGGGCAAUGUGAGGAAUCAGACAAAGGAGAGCUCAUGCUGGGGAAGGAAGCUGGUGGGGCUAACAGAACUGGUGCAAAGAGUGUGGCUGGGGAGGAGUCAGGCAGAGCUGCAGAGCAGGCACCUGCAUAUUUGGACCAGGGGACAUUCCAGGGGGAGCUGGGGAAGGGCAGCUGUGGGGGACAGCAAGCAGACAACCUCCCCUCCACCAACAUAACCAAUGGGGCAGUGCUUCAGGCUGGGCCAUUGGGUGCAGAUGAGGAGCUGGAUGGGGGAACAGAAACGCCCCCCUACCUCACACCAGUUGAGGAAAGGGGUGGUGCAACCUCAGGACUGGGGGCACCCCUGGAACAGUGCAGGGAGAGCAAAGAGCUUGAGGCCCCUGCAAUGGGGCACAGGCAGGCCUGA